GGGGCCUAGGCUGGGGAAACGGGUCCAAGGCGGAACAGAACCAGCGGUCGGUCCGAUCUUGUCUUGAGCGAGCUGCGCAAUGGGGCGAGGCGGAGGCACCUUCGAGCGACUUCUAGAUAAAGCUACCAGUCAGCUUCUGCUGGAGACAGACUGGGAGUCUAUCCUACAGAUCUGUGAUAUGAUUCGUCAGGGUGACACCCAGGCUAAAUAUGCUGUGGGUGCAAUAAAGAAGAAAGUCAAUGACAAGAAUCCUCACGUGGCUCUCUAUGCACUAGAGGUCUUGGAGUCAGUGGUAAAGAACUGUGGUCAGACAGUCCAUGAUGAAGUGGCUAACAAACAGACUAUGGAGGAGCUGAAGGAAAUGCUGAAGAGACAAGUUGAGGCCAAUGUUCGCAACAAGAUCCUGUACCUGAUCCAGGCAUGGGCUAAUGCCUUCCGCAAUGAGCCCAAAUACAAGGUGGUUCAGGACACAUACCAGAUCAUGAAGGUAGAAGGUCAUGUUUUCCCAGAAUUCAAGGAGAGCGAUGCCAUGUUUGCAGCAGAAAGGGCUCCUGACUGGGUGGAUGCAGAGGAGUGUCACCGGUGCCGAGUCCAGUUUGGAGUGGUGACUCGCAAGCACCACUGCCGGGCUUGCGGGCAGAUUUUCUGUGGGAAGUGCUCAUCCAAGUAUUCCACCAUUCCUAAGUUUGGCAUCGAGAAGGAGGUGCGGGUGUGUGAGCCUUGCUACGAACAUCUCAACAAGAAAGCAGAAGGGAAAGGAACUGCCACCACAGAGCUGCCUCCCGAGUACUUGACCAGCCCUCUUUCGCAGCAGUCCCAGAUGCCUCCGAAGCGUGAUGAAACUGCUCUGCAGGAGGAGGAGGAGCUGCAGUUGGCAAUUGCACUGUCCCAGUCAGAGGCAGAGGAGAAGGAAAGGAUGAGACAGAAAAGCACGUACUCCACAUACCCCAAGGCCGAGCCGACGCCGAUCACCUCGUCGGCCCCUCCGGUCAACACCCUCUACUCCUCGCCUGUGAACUCCUCCGCACCUCUGGCUGAGGACAUCGACCCUGAGUUGGCUCGGUACCUGAACCGCAACUACUGGGAAAAGAAGCAGGAGGAGGUCCGCAAGAGCCCCACGCCCUCUGCCCCACUGUCCAUGGGGGAGCCAGCCAGCCAAGCCACUGAGGUCCAGCCUGCCCCACUCAGCGUGGUGGAGCAGCAAUACCAAAAUGGCGAAACUGACGAGAGCCACGAGCAGUUCCUUAAGGCUCUGCAGAAUGCUGUCACCACCUUUGUCAACCGCAUGAAGAGCAACCACCUGCGGGGCCGGAGCAUUACCAAUGACUCAGCGGUUCUCUCGCUCUUCCAGUCCAUCAACAGCAUGCACCCCCAGCUCCUGGAGCUGCUGAACCAGCUGGACGAGCGCCGCUUGUAUUAUGAAGGACUUCAAGAUAAACUCGCUCAGAUCCGCGAUGCACGGGGAGCCCUGAAUGCUCUGCGGGAGGAACACCGAGAGAAGCUGCGCCGAGCUGCCGAGGAAGCGGAGCGCCAGCGUCAGAUCCAACUGGCCCAGAAGCUUGAGAUUAUGCGGCAGAAGAAGCAGGAAUACCUAGAGAUGCAGCGGCAACUGGCUAUCCAGCGCCUUCAGGAGCAGGAAAAGGAGCGCCAGCUGCGCCUGGAGCAACAGAAGCAAACGAUCCAGAUGAGGGCACAGAUGCCUGCUUUUUCCCUGCCUUAUGCUCAGCUGCAGGCCAUGCCUGCUGCCGGCGGGGUGAUCUACCAGCCAUCGGGCCCCACAAGCUUCCCAGGCACCUUCAGCCCAGCAGGCUCCGUGGAGGGCUCGCCUAUGCACACGGUGUACAUGAGCCAGCCAGCCCAGGGCAGCACCGGGCCCUACACUGCAAUGCCCGUGGCAGGAACAGAUCCCAACAUGGUGAGCACCUACAUGUACUCAGCGGGCACGAACAGUGCACAAACGGCUCCACAAGGGCAGGCAGUGCCCACCACGAAUCCUGCCUAUUCCUCCUACCAGCCUACACCUUCCCAAUGCUAUCAGAACGCACCUGCCCCUUCACAGACACAGGCUCCUCCACAGUCUGGUGGUACAAUGGGUUACAUGGGCAACCAGUCGGUCUCAAUGGGCUACCAGCCCUACAAUAUGCAGAAUCUCAUGUCAAACCUCCCUGGCCAGGAACCAGGUUUGAGUAGCCUGCCGCCCCAGCAGCCUUACAUGUCAGGACAACAGCCUAUGUAUCAGCAGAUGGCGCCCCCUGGAGGUCCCCCACAACAGCAGCAGCCUCCCCAGCAGGCUCCUGCCCAGGUGCAACAAGUCCAAGGGGGCAGCGGAGAGGCUCAGCUAAUUUCCUUUGACUAAUCUCUUAGCUGACGAGGAAAGGGCUAGGGGUGGGUUUCUAAGACAUUGUAACACUAUCAUCUGUUGGUCACUGCUGUACUUGCUACACCAUUGCUGUUAUCUUGUGCCAUUCCCACAACGGGGAAGGGAGAGCUGAGCCCCUGUCCUAAGGAGUCUCCCACUGGCUACCUGUCACUUCCCCCUCUGUCCUGGUCUAAAAUGCUGCUAAGGGAGUCCCUGAGUAGGAGCAAAGGACAACUGUGCUCCAAUUACCCUAUACGUUACUCCUCGGCUGUGGCGAAACAGUGACACAGCCUGACCCAUCUAGCUUUCCGCUGGAUAGCAGAGCAGAGCUCUCAAGCAGUCACUCAUUAAAAGAAGCUACUGUCUUUUAGAGAAAUGGCAUUUAAGCAUGCUUCACAGUCAAAGUAAUUGGGGUCCACCUCCAAGCACAGCUUGGGCCUGCGUCCCCCAACACACAGCAUUGAAGUGGCCUUCACUCUGCCUACCCAUGAACUUAAGAGCCUUCCAUGUCCUCCAUCAGUACCUUUGGAGAACCCAUCACCUUGAACACUAUUUAUCCCAGGACUAUUAUCUCUCCUCCUCCUCCUCUGCCCCCUCCUCCUUCCUCUACCCCACUUAUCCUCACUGCUUUUGAAGACAUGUGUCUCAUACCUAGUGGCUGGUGUAGACAGAAUGGAACCAGUGACAAUAAAAAAAAGUAUUUAAAACUUU